UCCCCGUGUGUCCGCUGGGGGCGCAGUGGAAACGGUGUGUUCCCCGUGUGUCCGCUGGGGGCGCAGUGGUUCCGGCGCAGACUGCAGCACACACGUCCAGCGGAGGUGAGAUGGUUCUUCGUGAGGUCCCGGUGGAGCAGGUGGGGCGUCCUCUGGGUCGCUCGGAGGUGAUCGGGCUGUUGUUUCGUCUGACGGUGUUCGGCGCCGUCACGUACUUCACCAUAAAGUGGAUGGUGGACGCACUAGACCCGACGCGUAAACAGAAGGUGGAGGCGCAGAAGCAGGCGGAGAAACUCAUGAAGCAGAUCGGAGUGAAGAACGUCAAACUGAGCGAGUACGAGAUGAGCAUCGCCGCGCACCUUGUCGACCCGCUCACCAUGCAGAUCACCUGGAGGGACAUUGCAGGUCUGGAUGAGGUGAUCACGGAGUUAAAGGAGACGGUGAUUUUACCUGUUCAGAAGAGACACCUGUUCCAGAACUCCAGACUCCUGCAGCCGCCCAAAGGGGUGCUGUUGUUCGGGCCUCCGGGAUGCGGGAAAACGCUCAUCGCCAAAGCCACGGCGAAGGAGGCGGGGUUUCGCUUCAUUAACCUCCAGCCCAGCACUUUGACGGACAAGUGGUACGGCGAAUCACAGAAGCUCGCCGCCGCCGUCUUCUCCCUCGCCCUCAAACUCCAGCCCAGCAUCAUCUUCAUCGACGAGAUCGAUUCGUUUCUGAGGAAUCGUUCGAGUUCGGAUCACGAGGCCACAGCCAUGAUGAAAGCUCAGUUCAUGAGUCUUUGGGACGGACUCGACACGGACUACAACUGUCAGGUGAUCGUGAUGGGAGCCACAAAUCGUCCUCAGGAUCUGGAUUCUGCCAUCCUGCGCCGCAUGCCCACCAGGUUCCACAUCAACCAGCCUAGUCAGAAGCAGAGGGAGCAGAUCCUGAAGCUGAUCCUGCACGACGAAAGGGUCGACUCGAAUGUGGACCUGGAGGCAGUUUCCAGGGAAACAGAGGGAUUUUCUGGAAGUGACCUGAGAGAGACGUGUCGAGACGCAGCACUGCUCUGUGUGAGAGACUAUGUCCACACAGAGGAUGAGGACAGUGAGGAGAGUAUUCGUGCCAUUACACAGAGUGACCUGCAGAGGGCCAUCUCCAAAAUGAAGAAAUCCAAAUCAGCCGGAGCUCAGGUCCUGCUGCACGCGGCCCUUGACUGACCUCUGACCCCCGUGACCUCUGUGACGCCUGUGACCCCUCCUGAACCCUGUGAGGCACGGCGCCCCUUCUGGCCUUGCCGCACCGCUGCGUCUGUCUGAGGGUUUUAUUUUGAAAAGACUUUGAGUUAAACAUUUAAGAAAGACUUUGUUUUGUGAAAGAGGAGGAGGAAGAGGAGCUGGAGGAGCUGGAGGAGGUGGAGGAGGAAGAGGAGCUGGAGGAGGAAGAGGAGGAGCAGGAGCUGGA